UUUUUAGUCCUCGGAAUCAGUCAACGGAGGUAUCGCGCGGCAUGCAAAAGCAAGGAAUCUUGGUGGCGCAGGAGCGGAGCAUUGUUGCAUAAGAUGGACGCUGAGAUAAACGCGCUGAAUAAGCUUCAUGGUUCGGCCAUCACAAUGAUUCCACUAAACGAGGAAGAACAACAGAAUAGCAAGAGGCGCCUUUGCAAGGUCUUUCUGGGGGGAUUUCUACUAGCUGCAUUUGCGGCUGGUGUUAUUAUGAUAACUGUCUCUGUUUUGAACAACAAACCCUCUAACGACCUGAAUUCUCAUGGAAAAAACGCCGACCAGACGUCAGCUAAUCAUCAAAACUCGGCAAAAAGAGACGCGGUUCCCAAUCUUUUAAUUUUUCUACAGAAAGUGCAAACCGCCUACUUCGCCGCUUACCCAUACAAGAUAAUAACGAAACCAGGUGUAACGAAUGCCGAAAUUCGCGCAGUUUUCAAGCCAUAUGAUCCGCGGCCUUCCGCCCUAAAACACACCACGGAUGUGGCGUCACGCUUAAAGAGAGAGCUGGACUCACAUUUUACACCACUGGUGGAGGGCAUGCUGAGCAACCGCGAGUUAAAGGGACUCUACGAGGCGAGAUUUUUUCUAAGACAUUUUAACUCCAAUCCUUACGAAACAGACUAUUACGCAGGGGACUUUAUGCUUGGCCCAAAUAUAUUUUCUUGGCAGCCUUCCGGGUCUCUUUUCAUGUGGCUCCAAUACACCGGAGACCACCUGAAGCCAAGAACUUUUGGCGAGGUUGUCGAGUUUUUAGGGACGUUGAGGAAGUAUAAGGAUACAGUGUUAGGGUUAAAGGAGAACAUGAAGCUGGGGGUAAAAGCUGGAAUGGUGCGUUCGAGGGAAGCGUGUAAGGCUGGAUUAGACGUAUACAAGAAAAAUAACUGGCACAUCGUAACCUACGGCGCGAAAGGAAUUCUACGAACAAAUGUAGGUAAAAAAUUUCUGAGCCCAGAUUUCCUCGUCCAACUAGCCCCUCAGGUAUACCAAGACUGGUUUCAGCAGCAUGGAAAAACAAUUGCGCAAUCGAUUCAAGACUCUCUUGUAGACUUUCUUGGGAAGCCUGUCGUAGAAUACAUUAAAUACAUGGAGAACGAGCACUCGAUUCACUGCGUUCCAAGCCAUUUGUCCAGCGGUCUCGCCACAUUGCCGCUGGCACAUGUAUGUCGUAACGGCGUAGCAGAUCUUUCCCUACCAACCACUGGCCGGCUCCCAAGUGGGGAGUCCCUAAACGGCUCUAGGGCUUACCAUAGCAUUUUGUCUUUCUUCACGACUACGAAUGUUACACCGAGGGCUAUCAGUGAUAUGGGAUGGGCAAGGUUGAAAGAGUUGAAGAAGCAGGCGGUUAGCAUCGCAAAACAAGUCACAGGCGAAAUAGACGAAGAUGUCGCUGUGUCCAAGUUUCGCACAAAGCUGUCAUCGCGAGCUAUGUUCUUUAACAGCAAGCCGUUCCCUGCUAACGAGUCGGACGAGAACGCGUUUUCUGUGUGCUCAACAGAAGCGAGUGCGCAGAGGUAUUGUCCACAAAGGUGGAAGGCGUAUGAAGUGUGGAAGAGCUCCGCUGGCCAUAUAUACCAAUCUCUACGGAGCAAGAUACCCUCCUUGUUCUACACAAGCGGGAGCAAAAAGACCACGCCCACGUAUACAGUGACGGUCGUACCGGAUUUUAACCCGACGUCUAGCUACCAUAGCUACAAUUCACGAAAGCACCGACUCCCUUUCUUUAUGGACGACUUUGGGCCGAUUUUUGCCGAAUGGUCCACGACAGCCCACGAGACGGAACCGGGGCAUCAUUUGGAGGUGGACGGAUAUUACGACAAUUUCAUCGACACCAAUAACGAUGCAAUCUCAUGGCUUGGGGAGACUACGUUCAUCUCCGGGUUCACUGAAGGCUGGGCGACAUACGCGGAAACGCCACUAGUUGCUGUUGAUAUAGACGCGUAUAAGAAUGACUUGAUGAGUAGAUAUGGCAUGUUGCAGCAACAGAUCAUGAACGCACUCCGUUUAGUAAUAGAGACAGGGCUUCAUUCGUUUGGCAUGGACCGCACCACUGCUAUCAGACUCUUUGACGAGUACGCCUGGGACUCGAGCGACCUCGCAUCAAAAGAGGUCACGCGCUACCAAAGCAUGAUGGGACAAGGGGUCAGCUACAUGAUUGGGCAAAAUGCCUUCAAGAACGCCAGGAAAUACGCCGAAGAUAAACUUGGAUCGAGAUUCUCUAUUCGAGAGUUCCACUACCAGGUUCUACACCAGGGAGAAUUAACGUUCGAUUACCUGGAGAAAUACGUACAGCACUAUGUUAGAGGCAAAUUGAGCACGUGCUGUACACCAAGGGAUGAGUCAGCGGAAGCAAAACGGCAAAGAAGAACGAUUGGAAGACAUUGGCGUCGCCAUGCUAAGAGACUACCGCGUGACCCAUGGAGAGGUGUAGUCCACACUUGAGUAGUCACGCCCUGUUGAUGCCGAAAUUUCGAAUCAGACAGUCUAGUUGGCAUCGAUUGAGAUACUUUUCAACAUGAUGCAGAAGAGAAAAGAACAAAAUAAAAUUCAGGACAAUGUAUGAUAUCAGGAUUUUUUAAAUAUACUCUUAUGUAUGUAACUACAAACAAAAUGAUGGACUUGCAGUCGUUGGACUGUGAUUUAUUUCGGAGUAGCUGACUCCUGCAGGCCAUCUUUUAACCCGUGACACAGCCCUAGCAGGAGCGAACCUAGAAUUUUAUAAAGGGGUGGAUUAAAGGAGCCAGGCAUAAGUUUGAUACUGUAUUUGUCAUUUUGUGCAAAACAAAGUGAAAUAUGAAUUUUACUUUCUUUUUGCUCAAAAUGGUGGAUGGAUAUCCAUAUCCUGCAUUCUUUUUUCUCAAGAGAUUGUUCUUCAGUUAAAGGGACGAGGUGCCCCUAUGUAUUUUUUUAUUUAAAUUCUGGUAUUCUUAAUACAAAACUUUUUUGUGCCUGACAGACUAGCCUCUUAGUAAACUGAUAUUAUCUUAGUAGGCUCGAGCCAUUGCUGCAAUUUGAUUGGUUGAGGACCUGUAGAAGACAGGAGUUGUUCAGCAGUUAACAACAAAAACUAAAAUUUGGGUCGGUAUACUAAGGAUGGGGCAGUAAUUUAAUUGACAUUUAAAGGUUGGUUUCCCCUAGGACGCACGCGUAAGCGCAAAGCAAGAUAAUUUUCCAAAUCUCUUUUUGAACCUUGUGCGCAGACGGCUCGUCUUUGUACCUGCCUCCAAAAGAUGUCUUCUUUAUCAAAGAAUUACAAAAUCUUUUUUUUUUUUUUUUUUGUAUAGAAUACCCUAUUCAGCUACGGGGGCCCAAUAGGGACUUUCAAGGCAUUGUCUCCUGUGUUUUAGAUAAUGUCUCAUACUGUAUUUUUGGCUGCUAGAAAGGGUGGCCGGGCCCCCUUGGCCACCCCCUGGCUACGCCCCUGCUAUUCCCUCGCUCUAGCACCUAACGAGCAUGAAAACGCAAACAUAAGAGGACGUGUCUGAUUUUAAAUAUUGCGCUUGUGCUUGUGAAAAUUUUUUCACUUAUUUUAAACUUGCGCUUGUGCUUGCGUUCUAGUGAAAACCAUCCUCUAAGGAGAAACAAAAACUGUACAUAUUGUACAAUUUGAAAAUAAAAAGUGAAAACGAA